CACAAACAACUGAGCAAGGACCUGUGCAGACCUGGUGAACACAGCAGGGCCCUUUUGACUGUACCAUUAUAGAAACAUGAAGCUGUUGUUUUACCUGUGUCUUUUAAUUGUUGGGAUUCAUUCUGAAAGUUAUUACUAUGAGCAUUAUCAACAAGGUGUAAGAAACCAAAAUCAAAGAGGCCCAGAAAACCAAUAUAUGCUACAGCAGACUGUAGGGAAGAGCGUUUGUCAGUUUGCGUGUUGUUUCUACAAAGAGAUUUCUUCUCUUGAAAACAAUGGGAAUAUUUUCUUCUCUCCUUUGAGCAUCUCCACUGCUUUUGCAAUGCUGACCCUGGGUGCUAGAUCAGACACGCUGACACAGAUUCUUAGGGUCCUUAACUUUAAUCCACGUGAGAUUUCUGAAAAUGACAUACACGAAGGUUUUCGUCAACUCAUGCAAAUGCUGAACAGAAAGAAUCAAGAGUUACAGCUGAAUAUGGGAAAUGUCCUGUUUGUACUCGACGGGCUGAAACCACAAGAUCAAUUUUUAUAUAAUCUCAGAAACUUUUAUGAAGGAGAAGUUUAUCCUAUGAACUUCAAGAAGGCUGAUCAAGCCCAGGUGAAGAUCAAUGAAUAUGUAGCAGAAAGAACUGAUGGGAAAAUCAAGGACCUAAUAAAUAACCUUGAUCCACUUACUGAAAUUCUCCUCAUUAGCUAUAUUUAUUUUAAUGCUGAGUGGGAAAAACACUUUGAUCCAAAAUACACUAAAAUGGACAAAUUCUUUAUGGAUGGGAACAAGGCUGUUCAAGUCCCGAUGAUGUUUGGAAUGGGCCUGUUCAAGCACGGCUAUGAUGAACAGCUGUCUUCCACUGUGUUGCAAAUGGAUUACAAAGGAGGUGCUUCAGCCUUUUUUAUUCUGCCUGAUCGAGGAAGAAUGAAGAAGUUGGAAAAAAAGUUGUCUUGUGAACGUAUGUUGAGGUGGAGGACCUUAGUCUCAAAAAGCUCAGCAAAUGUGUAUCUUCCAAAAUUCACUGUUUAUGGGAAGUAUAACCUAAAAAAUGUGUUAUAUAAAAUGGGCAUUGUGGAUCUAUUCACCGAUAAGGCUGACCUAUCUGGGAUCACUGGACAGCCCCAGCACAGAAUUUCCCAGGCUAUUCAUAAGGCUGUGGUAAAGGUGGAUGAGACUGGCACCGAAGCCGCUGCUGCCACAGGCAUGGAAAUAGUUCCCAUGUCCGUUCCUGUUACCAUUAAAUUCGACAGGCCCUUCCUAAUGAUCAUAUGUAUGGAUAACAAUAUAAUGUUCAUGGGAAAAAUUGUGGAUCCUCUGAAAAAAGAUUCUGAAAAGAAGAUGAAGCAUCUGCUGUGCCUGUGUUUGUUCCUUGCUGGUCUUUGUGCUGUAACCCAUUGCCACCAAGGAGACGUUUGCCAUGAAGUCAAUAAUACGAAUCUGCAGGAUGGAGCAGAAAAUUUAUUAAAGCAUGACUGUCACAAACAAGGCUCUAACUAUGCAGAUUUUGUAUUUAGAUUUUACAAGCAGGCUAUAUCAAAAGAAGCUGACAAAAAUGUUUUCUUUUCUCCCAUGAGCAUCUCCACUGCCUUUGCACUGCUGGCUCUUGGUGCUAAGUCAACCACUCUGUCUCAGAUUUUUGAAGGACUGGGCUUUGACAAUGUUUCUGAGGCUCACAUACAAGAUAUACAUGAAAGUUUUCAUAAAGUUUUAGCAAUACUGAAUUGUACAGAUGUUAACAUCACAUUAAAUAUAGGAAAUGCCCUUUUUACAGCUAUUGGGUAUGAACCACAGGAAGCAUUUUUAAAAAAUACCAAACAAUUCUAUGACGCAGAUUUUUUUUCUAGCAAUUUCCAUAAGGAAGAAGAAGCCAAGAGGCAAAUAAAUUAUUACGUAAAGGAGAAAACCAAGGAGAAAAUCCCUAAAUUAAUUGAUCAUCUUGGUAGUAAUACUAUAAUGGUUAUUGUCAACUACAUUUAUUUUAAAGCUGCCUGGGAAGAACCUUUUGGUCCUGAGUAUACCUAUGAGGAUGAUUUCUUUGUGAACGUAAAUGCAUCUGUUAGUGUCAAAAUGAUGCACCGUGAAACUAGCUGUAACAGUUACUAUGACCAGGAUCUCUCUUGUGAGGUGGUAGAACUGCCUUACCAAGGCACUGCACGAGCAUUGCUCAUUCUGCCUGAUGAUGGAAAGAUGAAACACGUGGAAGAUGCUCUCUCAAAAGAAACUAUUUGUAAAUGGGAUAACAAACUUGCAACCAGAAGAGUAAAUCUGCACUUACCAAGGAUUUCUAUCAGUGGGUCUUACGAUGUUAAAACACUGUUUGAGGAAAUGGGCAUUACUGAUGUAUUCUCUAGUAAUGCUGAUCUGUCUGGAAUUACUGGCAACCGUGGUCUCCAGGUUUCACAAGCAAUUCACAAGGCCCUGCUGGAAGUAAAUGAGGCUGGAACUGAGGCUGCAGGAGCCACAGCCAUAAUCAUUAGCAAAGUUUUUCAUCCUUCUAUUACCAUCAAAUUCAACAGGCCUUUCAUUAUUCUGAUUUCUGAUAAAGCAACCAGCACCACACUUUUCAUGGGGAAAGUUGUCAAUCCUACUGAGAAGUAAUUGAUGAGUUAUUGGGCAUGCUGGGCAUGAGUUAUAAUGGGCUACAGUGUUUGCAUAUCUGAACUAGUUAGUGCUACUAACUACUCUCUGACUGAGGGGUAUUCUCAAGUAAAUGAUCAAUUUCUGUAUCAAAUGAACAGACAAAAAUUGUAAAAAACAAAAAACAAAAAAAAACACAACAGUUUAAAUAUGCAAUGUUUUCCCCAGCUGAGUAAUUCAAGUUAUUAAUACACUUCCCAAGUUUUGGAGGAAAAAUAUUUUCUUGCAAAUUCUUCUGUUAUUUUUAUAAGAGAAUUCUCUCUGCUGUGUGGCUUUCUCCAGGCCCCUUUUAGUUCUGAGUUACUCACCAAAAGCUCUAUCCCAACAGGAAACAAUUCUAUUAUAAUUGUAUUAUGUUUACUCAAGCACUUGCUGAUGGUUACUAUUCUCCUGAACCAGUCCCUACAGAAUCCCUUCUUCCUCACAUAUCGCUUUGCUAUUUAGUCAGUUGUGAUUUCCUCUCAGGCAGUUUGGUCUUCUUUCUCACAGGUACCAACACUUUUCCUAGGACAUUAAAAAAAAAAAAAAGAAAAAAGCAACAAAAAAUAGAAAAGCUCUGAGCUGAGAGAUUAUUCUGCUGUAGCACUGUAAAUGUCCCUUUGCAGUUCACAGGUCAGCAAAAAACAAAAGACAGUGACAUUAAUUGUCAAGGAAUUCUCCUGCUACAAUGUCAUCCAUGAAUUAUUUCUAUGGCUAAUGAAUAAACUAAGCAUUAUGAUUUAAA